UAUAGUUUCUGCCUAUUUAAGGUUCUGUGAGUGUAAUUUUUCUCGGUUUAGUGUGUGUUGGCAGCUUUUGGUGUCACUUGUUUCGCCAUUUUGUGUGCAUCAUUUUGGCGUAUUUGUAAAUAGGGUUUAAUUCGCGUCAUGUCUUUGAGUGAGCACGAGGAGGGGUACAUAGUGAAAUUGCGCGGUUUGCCAUGGUCGGCAACCACCGAAGAUAUCCUCAAGUUUUUCAAGAAUUGUAAAGUGUUUAAUGGUAAACUUGGCAUUCACAUGACGUCCUCACGUGAGGGGCGCCCCAGCGGCGAGGCGUUCGUCGAGUUUGAGAGUGAGGACGAUUUGAAUUCGGCAUUGAGGAAGGACAGGGAGCACAUAGGGAGCAGAUACAUUGAGGUUUUUAAGGUGAACAAGGCCGAGAUGGAUUGGGUGAUUAAAAGGUCGGGCCCGACUUACGGCGUCAACGAUGACGGGUGUGUGAGGUUAAGGGGGCUGCCGUUCGGGUGCUCCAAGGAGGAGAUUGCGCAAUUUUUUACCGGGUUGGAGAUAGUACCGAAUGGGAUAACUCUACUGACUGACUACUCAGGGCGGAGUUCAGGGGAGGCUUACGUACAGUUUGUUAACAAAGAAGUGGCAGAGAAAGCUCUGCUGAAACAUCGCGAAAAAAUUGGACACAGAUACAUCGAAAUAUUCAGGAGCAGUUUAUCGGAAGUAAACAGCGUUUUGGGGUACAAUAAUCGUCGAGGAGGGGGCUCCUCCAAUUCAGGGGGGCUAUACAACUCACGUCCAAGUCCUUACGACCGUGGUGAUCGUUUUGGGUCGUCGUCUUCAAAUAGCCGAUUCCAAUCACGCAGUUCACGCAAUUUUAAAGGUGUUAAUUCUGACUACAAUAAUUACGAGAAAAGUUCAUCAACUUGGAGCAAUGGAAGCGAUUCACGUGGGGGGCGAAGCCCCUACGAGAUUGACUCCUGGAGUGAGACGAAUAAUCAAACGGGCGACAGAACUAUGCAUUGUGUGCAUAUGAGGGGGCUGCCGUUUAAAGCCACAGCGGCCGAUAUUACCGACUUUUUCAAACCGAUUGUUCCGACUAAUGUUAAACUGUUGCAAGAUCACAACGGAAGGGCUUCCGGUGAGGCAGAUGUUGAAUUUGCCUCACAUGAAGACGCCAUGAGGGCAAUGAGUAAAGACAAGGGGCACAUGCAGCAUAGAUAUAUUGAGUUGUUUUUAAAUUCGGCGGGGGCUGAUAAUGGAAAUUCCGGUUACGUUACCGGACGGAGAAGGGUUUAGUUUAAAAAAAAAACAAGACUUUGAAAGUAUUUAUCUAUCUAGGAAUAUUUUUUUACUUAAAUUUGGAUUCUUAUUUUUGUAUUGUUGUGUUCAAAUGACGUACAAAACGCCGGCCAAGGUUUGGUUUGUUUCUGUUUCAGAGGUUACUCGGAUGAGAAAUCCAAUUUACCCUCCAUUACUAAUUGUAAUUAAGCAGUUUUAUAAAUGAAUUAAUUUUUAGUAAAUAAAUUAUUAAUUCGAGUAA